AUGGCUGCGCUCCAAGUGCUUUCGUCGCCCGAGCUCCUGCGGUUAACGAGCCACUUUCAGCACGGCGUGCCACUCUCCCUGCGCCGGCUUCUUCGCACUGUUGGCCAUAUCCAGCUCUUCUUUGACACGACACAUAAAUCUUCAUCGCGCCGCCCAGCGUUGUACUACACAAAGCUCCCCAACGCGCUCCUCACUCGCAUGGGUGGCACGAAGUCGGACGCACUGCCGGCACGGGCCCUGCGCCUGCCCAACCACCGCGUGAGUCCCCUCCAGUUGGCGCUGCACGUGUCGAUUGCGCUCAGCCAGCGCGUCGACGUCACCGCGCUCGCAACGUACGCGCCACAGUGCCUCGGGCCCGACACGCUUGCCCUCGCGGUUGCGAUGGACGACCACGCGACUGUCGAGCUUCUCGCGCCGCUUGUUUCGGACGCUGCGAUGGCCAUGAACCUCGCUGCCGCGCGGGGAAGUCUCCCGCUUCUGACGUGGCUGCACCAGCACGGAGCCAGCUGCACGCGGGCGGCCAUGGACGGCGCCGCCGCGAACGGCCAUCUGGACAUUGUGUCGUUUCUCCAUCAUCACCGCAGUGAGGGCUGUUCAACGAGUGCCCUCAGCGCAGCGGUCGCCAACGGCCACAUUGACGUCGUGCGGUUCCUCGUUGCGCACCGAAGCGAGGGCUUGAACCGAACCCUGUGGUUUGAGAUGCCCGCAGAGACCUCGGCGCGCGUCGGCACGGGGCACUUGGAAGCGGUCCAGUGCGUCGUCGACGCUGGCUGGACAAGUUUGGCAGAGCAAGGCCUGGAGACGAUGACACGUCAGUAUGGCCUGCCCGCGCUGCGUCUCUUCCUCGCCCUCGGCAUCCAACGUGUGACCAAGCGAACGCUCGAGAUGGCCGUCGACAUGCGGGACCGCGACCUCUUGCUGUUUGUCGUGUCUUCGCUUGUAGCCGAGAGCCACAAGACGUGGAACGAAGACGGUACGUGGACGCCGCCAUCCGCUCUCGACGACGAUCUGGGCGUGUCGCUGUGGGAACUCUUCCUCGCUAGCUGGCACCGCUGCGUGGCUAUGGACAUUGCAGCGAUGCACGGCGACCUUAUGACGAUGGAAAUGCUCCAUCGGCUGCGGCUCAAGAGUGCGUCGCCCAAGGCCCUCGAGUAUGCGUGCUGCUACGGCCACCUCGAUGCGGCGAAAUGGCUGGUCGCACACGGCUAUGACGGCGCACGAGACAACGCGAUAGCGCUUGCUGCGGCCAACAGUCAUGUGGACACUGUGGCCUGGCUCCACGAGGAAUGCAUCCAGCCGAUCACCGCCACGGCCAUGAGCACCGCAGCGGCCAACGGGCACAUGUCGGUGGUAUCGUACAUGCUGACGCGGCCGCUGCCAACGUUCACGGACGACUGUGUCACGCUGACGACGACGGUGCUAUCCGUCCGAGCACAAGACUUUGUGAUGACGCACGGCUUUCCUGGGGAUGCCGCGCUGCAAAAUGGACACUGGGACAUUGUCGAGCUCUUGCAGCAUGCCGAGCCAACAUAAUGGCAGAGUGAUUUCACAAACAGCAAACCCUAAUUUACAAACGCGUCAACGCGAUUUGAAAUGCA